UGGAUUUUGAUCAUCAUCUCCCUAAAUAUUUUUCGUUCUUUUAUUUUAUUUUUUCUGUCGAAGAAUAUUUUCUCGAGAAAAUGCUGAGCGGUGUUUGAUUCGAAAUCAGGUCUGAGUGAGAAAAAGGUCAAAUUGUCGUUUUCAUGGAAAUAGUAGAAGCUCGGAAGAUGUCGAGUGGAAGAAGACCUCACUUCUUUGCGUUUUAUUCUGCUAAUCUGAGCUCAGAACGACUGAAAAUCCCAACAAAGUUCAUGAAACGCAUGGAAGGCAAAACAUCUGGUUCGGUUUCGCUAGAGGGUCCUAGCGGGAACACAUGGCAGGUUGACUUGGUUCAGCAGAAUGGUGAUUUGUUCCUUCAUUAUGGAUGGCCAGCAUUUGUGAGAGAUCAUUUUGUAGAGUGUGGUGACUUCUUGAUCUUUAGAUAUGAUGGUGACUUGCAUUUUACUGUGCAAGUUUUUGAUCAAAGUGCAUGUGAGAAAGAAGCGGCAUUUCUUUCUGAAUGCAAUCAGGAUAUUUCUGAUAAAAAUUUGAGGCAGAAAAGAGAAAGGGGGGACUGUAUGUCCUCUUCAGAUAAAAUCGUUCAAGGUGUCUUAAAGAAAAUGAGAGAGAGCUCUUCUCAGCUCUAUUCGGAACGUAUACACUUAUGUGGUGAGAAAGUAUGCCAUUGUGAUGGGGUGCUUGCGACUAAAACAUGUGAACAAGCAAAUUUCUCCAUAGAUUCCCACCAAUGUGCCAGUUCACCAAAGAGUUAUGCCUUGCCCUCCCAAUCAGAAAAUUGCAAUGAGAAGCCAGCUUUGGAUAUUGUGCUAUUCAAAACAAAGGCCAUUCAGAAUAUAAGCGGCAAAGGAGACAGUUUUAAUGUUAAUGGUAGAGUCUGUGUGCAGAUGACUGCAGCACAUGAAGCGGCCCAAUCAUUUACUUCCUGUUUCCCUUUUUUCAUGAGAACAAUGAAAAGUUUCAACGUCAGUGGUUCAUAUACUCUGAACAUACCCUAUCAAUUUUCAAUGGCUCAUCUUCCAAAUUGCAAAGUAAAGAUUGUCCUUCAGAAUUUGAAGGGAGAAAGUUGGACCGUGAAUUCAGUGCCAUCUACUAGAGUUCAUACAAGUCAUACACUCUGCGGAGGAUGGAUGGCCUUUGUUCGUUAUAAUGACAUCAAAAUUGGAGACAUCUGUAUUUUUGAACUCGUGGGUGAGUGUGAAUUUCGUGUGCACAUUCUUGGGGUUGGAAAGGAAGGGGUGGACUACCAAAGUGGAAAGGUUUCUUCUAAUAGACUGGGCGCUGGGCAUGGUGUCACAUCACAUAAGAGUUUCAAAGCUGUGCCAAAGAAAAUGAGGGGGAACUCUUCUAAGGUUCAUAUGAAAAGCAUAAAGAUGCUAGAUGUAUCCGAUAAAAAAGUUUCGAAGAAGCUUCUAGAGGCUGCCUUCCCAAAUGAUGCCAAGAAACAUGGUAACACGUCAAAAGCUUUAACUAAAGUUGCACUUUGCUCUCAGUCAAAAGCGGUGAAUAAAAAGUUGGUUGUUCACAGGUCAAGAGGUAUUGAAGAUGAACUAGGCUCGCAAGCUAGAAGUGGGUUGAGAAUGAUGUUAGCACUUGACGAAGAACGAGUAGCUCGAUCUUUCACUUCUUGUUUCCCCAAUUUCGUUAAGAUCAUGAAAAAGUUCAACAUUAGCGGUUCUUAUACCUUGAAAAUUCCUUACCAGUUUUCUAUAGCGCAUCUCCCUAACUACAAAACUGAGGUUGUCCUUCGUAACUCAAAAGGAGAGUGUUGGACUGUGAAUUCUGUUCCAGACUCAAAAGGGCGACUCAUGCACACCUUUUGUGGGGGUUGGAUGGCCUUUGUUCGUGCAAAUGAUGUGAAGAUUGGAGAUAUCUGCAUUUUUGAACUAGUUGGCAAAUUUGAAAUGCGUGUACAUAUAUCCACGGUGGGACAAAGAGGGCUUGACUAUCAAGGUGGUGAAGUAACGCCUAAUGAGCUAGCUCUUAUUUCAGCUGCCAACAAUCGACUUUCUUUGUGACAUGUAUGUUCUACUAGUAGAAGCAGUAUCCUUUCUGACACAUGAUAACAGGUCAACCUUCACCGAGAAUACGUUGUGGUGAGCUUUGCUCUUGACACAAUAUUUCUUCCUGAAAUUUGUAUGCAGUUGCCCCCAUGAUUUUAGUUUAGCUUCUGCCUAACUUGCGGCUUUUGCUGACUAAAAUUUUAUCUAUGCUGGGUGGUAUAUCUUCUGCCAUCAUUCCUCUCUAUGGUGCAUAUGAAAGGUGAUCAAACUUCAGUGGACAGGAAUUAUGGUGAGCUUUGCUAUGUGCAGCUUUCUUCUUGUGAUUUGGUUGCAUGUGUAUGUCUUUUUAGUUUCUGCGUAACUUACUAGUUAUCACGUUGCUGGAUUCUCGUUGUGCCGGGCGGAAGUAGUGGAAGCUUCUGCCCAAAUUUUGAAGUGAAACGCUCGUAAAUAACCGCAGAACUCUUCGUUGCUCUUGGAUUUCCCUGUUCAACUUUAAUAUUUGACUAUAACCUAAAAUUAAAUUUCUUCUUAGUAAUUUAGUUCUGGUUAUAGGUAAUACUUUCAUGCAGCAGGAUAUGCCGGUAACGAGUCCAGUGAUGCUAACUUUCUGAUAAUCAUUUUGGUUGUUGUUAUUACUAUAAGUGAAGUUUCAUCAUCUGUAAAUAUUGCAGUGUCAGGACUUCUAAUACCAUUGGUGGAUAAAUGUAACGAAUAUCAGGAAUUAUUUUCUAUUGCAGCUCUGUUCAGUUGAUCAAGUGCGUAACUGCGCUUACUCAUCUUAUAAAGUGAGUUUUAGGGAGA